AUGGAAAAUGCAGCUCGGAUUGAUGUAAUAGCUGAUCGUAGGCAACGGGCUAUAGUUAGCACAGAGCCUAAUCAAAAUCAUUCUCAACGCUUUAUAUCUAUUUGCAACAAAGUUAUAAAUGAUUGGUGCUUAACGAAACAAGAAAAAAAACAUCUUGUAGAUGAUUUAAUUAUAACAAGAGAUUCACAAAAUGUAAUUGAAAAUAUUGGUGACAAAAAGACAUGUAAAUGGUGUAAUAAACAAGCUAUCGCAAUUACUUAUUGCGAAUGUGGUAAUUCUAUAAUAUAUACUGCAACCUGGGAAAAUGGGCCAUUUACAAAAUGGGAUGAUAAACAACAAGAAUUAAAGAGAGGUGGAGAAAUUAUUUGUAUUCUUAAGACCUUAAAAGAUUUAGAAAAGUCGGCUGAUGAGUCUCUUGUAAAAUGUUAUGGAUUAACCAAAGACCCAGAGACUCAAACUUUUAUGCUCGUCCUUCAUAAAAUGGAUAGCGAUUUACGUCAGUUUCUCGAAGAAAAUACUGAUUUACCUUGGAAAAUUAAAUUUAAAAUGGAUUUACUUAAAGAUAUUUAUCAAAGUGAAGACAUCCCUUAUGAAUUAAAAUUUAUUCCAAUUAUUCCUGAAGAAUCUAGAAUAUGGAAAAUUUUAAAAAGUGGAAUAAGGAAGAUCAUUAAAAUGUGCAAAGUUUUGAAAGAAAUUAUAGAUAAAAUUAAUAUGAAGAAAAAUAAUUUUCAAACAAGAGGCAUUAAUAUAAGUAACUAUCAAUCGUUUCCCUUGAAACAGGAUGAACAAAGCGUUUCUGAUAAUGUAUCUUCAAUUUUUGAACAUGAUCAAAAGUAUCUCUUGGACAGAAUUUCUGAUUAUGCAUCUAUAAUUUCUGAACCUGAAAAAGAAAUUCCAAAUUGUAUUCCUGAAGAUGAAGCAAAUUUAGUUAAUGAUAUUAUUAACAUAAAUUAG